UUUUUUUUUUUUUUUUUUAAUUGACCAAACCUCCUGAGCCUGAGAUUUAAAAACUAGAUUUUGCCCCUGGCACACCCCCCGAGAUAAUUAACCAACCAUCACAGCCCACCUUAAUGUGGGCUGCAAGUCUAUCUGCUGCUGCACUAUAAUAAUAGAUGGGAAGUUAAACACACAGGGAAGAAGCCAGUGGAGCCUUAUUGAAGCUGUCAAACAUCACCUGUCUCUCAGUAGCCAUUUUUACUGGGAUGGGACUGCUCUUACUAAUAAAGUGAGCCACAAUGUUGACGAGGCUUUUCAGUGACCCCUCGCUGCUUCCCGAUGUGCAGAAAUACUCGGGCUGGGCGGAGGACAGCGAUGACGAGGAUUCCAAGCUCAAAGAAGAGGACCAGGACACCCAGGAGGACACGGAGGGAUCUGAGCUGAGAGGAAGCAGCCGUACGCACUCCGAGCACGCCGGGGAAGACGACGAGGACGAUGAGGUGGAGGAGGAGGACGACGACGACGGAGAGGAUACAGGGGGGGACAGGCCCAAGAAAAGGGGUCCCAAGAAGCGCAAAAUGACCCCGGCCCGUGUAGAGCGCUCCAAGAUGCGGCGGGUAAAAGCCAAUGCACGGGAGCGGACCCGCAUGCACGACCUGAACUCUGCGCUCGACAAUCUGCGUAAAGUGGUGCCCUGCUACUCCAAAACGCAAAAACUUUCCAAAAUCGAGACACUGCGGUUGGCCAAAAACUAUAUCUGGGCCUUAUCGGAGAUAUUGCGCUCUGGAAAAAGGCCUGACCUUGUGGCUUACGUCCAGACGCUGUGCAAGGGACUCUCCCAGCCCACGACCAACCUGGUGGCGGGGUGCCUGCAGUUGAACUCCCGUAACUUCCUAACCGAACAGCAGUGUCAGGACGGGGGGAGGUACGGGUCCAGCUCCUUCUCCAUGCAUUCCUACCCAUACCAGUGUGCGCGUCUCUCCAGUCCCCACUGCCAGCCGGGUUCGGGCUCAAACUCGCAUCCGCUGAGGACGCACGGCUACUCGGCUUACGAUUCUCUGUACGGUGGGAGCGGAUCUCCAGAGUAUAACAGCCCCGAGUAUGAGGGGCCCCUCAGCCCGCCACUGUGCAUCAAUGGCAACUUUUCCCUGAAGCACCAAGGCUCUGCGUCCCCCGACAACGAGAAGGGGUACCACUACUCUGCUAUGCAUUACUCCGGCCUGCCUGGCUCCAGAAACACCGGGCCCCACAACCUGGUGUUUGGCUCCUCGGGGGCCCGGAGCGGCAUUCACUCUGAAAACGUCCUGCCUUACCACGACAUACACUUACACCACGACAGGGCCCCAGUGUAUGAUGAACUGAACGCGUUUUUUCACAAUUAAAAUGAGAAGCCCAACGUGCGCCCCUUGCAAUCAACAAUCUCUACGGCACACUUUAACAAGAGUCCGCGCCGGGAAACAGACAUUCUUGAGAGAUGUUUUACUCGUUGUCAUUAGUGUUUUCCUUUCAUUUAUUCUGUCUUAACAUUUUUUUUUGCUAUAGUCAGGGAUGUAGUGGAGGGUAAUCAUCUAACCCACAAUCGGAUUUGUGCAACAGAAGUUAUCCAGCUUCUAAACCUGAAAUAAGUCUGUAGAAGGAAAUUUGACAAACUAAGCAUCAUAAUGUCUUUUAAAGUGCGAUUUGUGUUUGUAUCGGUGUCAUUUGGAUGACUGGAAGUUAAAGUUUACCCACUUCUUUAUUUACCACUACAUCACUGGCUACAGCUACACCUUGACAUUGGCGGUGAUUUUCUAAUAUUGUGAAAUUAGAAAUAAAUCAUUGAGCAAAUCGUAUUUACUCGCCUGUACGUGCGAGAUUUGGGAGGUUGUGUUUUUUUUGGAAAUAAUGAAAUAUAAAAAAAGAUUCAGAGGGAAAUGCUGAACCGAUAAUAAAAGAAGUGCUAGUUGGGUUGUUUUAGCAGAGGCUGUUCUUCAAUCAAUCGUUUCGCAUCUAUGCAAAACCCAACGAUAUCACAGAGCGAGGCAGCAAGGCCCAGAAAAACACUGUAUGUUUCAUCAGCACUGUUAAACACUGUUGCGCGCGCACGCACGCACACACACACACACUCACACACAACACACACACACACACACACACACACACACAAACACACCACACACACACACACACACACCACACACACAACACAUCUGACAAGGCUGGGGUUGCCAAAAUGGUUCAACUGCCAAAUAAAUGAAUAUAGCUACAAAAUACGGUGAAAUCCGACAUUUUUCUCAUUUUUUAAAAAACUCUAAUUUAUUUAUAUUACCCUUGUUACAUUGUUCUUCUAAUUGGCCCAUUGCACUGUAUUUUGAUUUCAUAUAAAAUGGUUGGUAUAAUAUUUUCGUUUUGAUUUGCAAUGAUAUGUUAAAUUGGUUAUUAUUAUGAUUACUAUUAUUAUCAUUAUUAUGAUUAUUGCACGUAUUUAUUGUGUUGUUUUUUGUAAUUAAUGUUAGACAUUGGAAAUGAAGGAUCCCAUGUGUUGCUGAGCAUUUUUUUCAUAAAAUUCAAGUCUUUCAACUUUGUAUUCAACCAACUGUGUGGUAAAAUAAAAUGACAAUAAAUGAGA